AGGAUACUGGGCUAGAUGGACCUUUGGUCUGACCCUCCCUGGCAGGGUCUUGUUGGGUCUGACUCCCCCAUCGCCCCUCCCCCCCCCCUUUCAGGCUUGCACUCCAGGCGCGUAUUGGACACGGUGGUGUCGGAGCCCAGCCCGGGGCUGCCCUGGUACAGCCGUGUUGUGUAUGUGGACGAUCAGGUCAUCUACGUCUACACCAGUGGGAUGCAGAAGGCGGAGCCUCGCACAGUGUGGAUGGCGCAGAACGAGGGUCCAGAGUUCUGGGACGAGAGGACCUGGUGGGCACAGCGCCAUCAGAAAUGGUUCAAAGCGAGUUUGAACACCCUGGGUCAGCUCUACAACCAGAGCGAGGGGUUUCACAUUAUCCAGAUGAAAUAUGGCUGUGAUCUCCGGGAAGACAACACCACUUGGGGGUUUUACCAGGAUUCCUAUGACGGACGAGACUUUCUUACCUUCGAUAAGGAGACCAUGACUUUAGGAGCAGCAGAUAUUGGGGCUCAGAUCACCAAGAGGAGAUGGGAUGCUGAAGUAUUUGACAACCAGCAGUGGAAACACUACUUGGAAGAGAGAUGUAUCCCCUGGCUAAGGAGUUCUCUAGAGUACGGGAAGGAGACUCUGCACAGGAAAGUGCACCCAACAGCUAGAGUGAGUGACAGGUCAUCUCAUGACGGCCUCAGCACCCUCUCCUGUAAGGUCAGUGGGUUCUACCCCCGGGACAUCACCGUGACCUGGCUGAAAAAUGGGGAGAGCAGACAGCAGGUGACCUACUCUGAAGGCAUUCUACCCAAUGGGGAUGGGACCUACCAGACCUGGUUGACAAUGGAGAUUGAUCCCAAGAUCAAAGCCCAUUAUUCAUGUCACGUGGAGCAUGAAAGCCUGUUAGAGCCACUCUCUGUCUCCUGGGAACCAAAUAACAAUCUGAUUCCCACUGUGGCUGGAGUUAUCACUGCAGUUGUCCUGAUUGGUGUUAUAAUCGGAGUAGUUGUCUGGAAAAAGAAACACCCAGGGGGGAAGGGAGACGGCUACGCUGUAGCUCAGACAAAUGACCAGGGAUCUAGUGGCUCUGACAUAUCUGCCAAGGAGCCUGUUGCAGUCUGUUUGACAACCUGAGAGGAUCCCAGAGGGGAAGACCCAGGACACCAGACGAGAGCUUUCCAGCAAGUGGGAAGAAGAUCUAAAAGGGGAAAGGAACAGACAUAACUGACCUUGCUUUCCCCACAAUGCCACAUCUAGAAGGACCGGAGGGAAAAAGAUUGAGGGGGAGAUGCUGGUCUGAGGCAGGAAAGAAGGAAGCCUGCCUGUGUAUGCAAAGGCUAACCUAUGUGUACUGGUGAUAUAAAAUUAUUCUACUUAACUGCCAGGGGGCAAAUUUGUCACGUACACAUGGGAGAAAGAAGAAGGACAAAAUGCAGGGUCAGCUAUAGGUAGUCAGGAAGUUCCUUCAAGAGGAAAUGUAG